AUGAUCAAAUACAACGACUCGAAGACUGAAGUCAUGUUGGUGUACUCCAAGCAUGUGGGUGUUGAACCUGCUCCUUAUUUCCUGACUGUUGGCGACGCUGAUAUUCGACCGGUCUCUACAGUGAGAAGUCUUGGUGUGAUACUUGACUCGCACCUCACCAUGGAUGCUCAAGUUCGUUCGGCUUGCAAGAAGGCUUUCUACCAUUUGAGGAGAAUUUCUCAAAUAAGAAAAUUCCUCACCGAGUCCGCACUUACUCAACUUAUUCAUGCCUUUGUCAUCACUCAACUAGACUACUGCAACUCUCUCCUAGUGGGACUGCCGAAGUCAUCACCAGAUCGUCUCCAGCGUGUCCAGAAUGCAGCGGCUCGUCUCAUCAAAGGCGCGAAAAAGUGCGACCCGAUUUCUCCUAUUCUCCUAGAUCUCCAUUGGCUCCCUAUUGCAUUUCGAAUUGAUUUCAAAAUUACGCUGCUCACGUAUUGUUGUCUACACUGUCUGGCUCCUCGUUACUUGUCGUCCCUCCUCCGUCUACCUGUCUCCUCUCGCUUGGCCUGUGAUAGACUAAUUUCAAUGAAGUCCCGUACCAAUACUUAUGGCUGCCGCUCCUUCAAGACGUAUGCUCCCCAGCUUUGGAAUUCUCUUCCUCAGAAUGUCCGUAUUGCGUCUUCCCUAGCCCAGUUCCGCUCUCGCCUGAAGACCCAUUUAAUAACUGUUGCAUUUAGAGAUGUAAUUGAUCAACGUGCUCGUCGGGAAAGAAAGCGCCUUUGA